UAAAAUAUUUUUAUGGCGUCGAUAAUUUUGUUUGGGGUUUUACGUUGUUUGCAAGGCUAUCGCAGUACGUUAACCCUGUGGCAAUGCAGUCCUUUUGGAGAUGGAAUGUGAUCACUGAUAAGUGGAUAGGUAGGCUUCAUUUUCCUCAGGCGCUGGAGAAUGGCCAUGACCGGACUUUGCUUUGCACGAACGAGACAGGGAAAGAAAUAGUUUCUGUUAAGAAUGACGCAUCACAAAACUUCGUGUUACAUUUCACCUUCAGUUCACAUCGUCACAUCUUCAGCUGCUCUUCACCGAAGCACAACGAAAGAUCCGAGUUCUGUUUCAAAAUGGGAAUUUGGUUGUCAUGGAAACUGAUAGUUGCGUCGAUUCUUUUUCUGACAAGUUUGACUUCUUCGGAAUCGCCCGAUCCUUUAACAGAUCCCACCUCGUCUGAUCCUCGCGAGGAGAAACCGCCAAUUAAAAUUUCAUCCGUGAAAUUUGAGUCUGUUUGUGUCAACAUUUACGACAGUCAAACAACUUCAAACAACAAGAAUAUCUAUUUCUACUCGCCGAUGGCUCUGCUAAAUCACAAGAAUGUCGCUUCCAUUCACAAUCAAACGGUCACCCAGGGAAUUCUCAGUGUCAGUUUUCACAUCUGGAAUCAAGAAGUCAAAAGAAAUGUGACCCAGCAUCUUUCGCAGCUCCUCAGUCAACAGAUCGAGUCCAGUCAAGUGAAAGUCUUUCCUUUCGACAGUGUCAGGCUGACCAGCAAAGUGCAAUCUGCUGAUUUCUCACUGACUAAUGAGUGGCGCCUGUAUGACAAUCAGCCGUCACUCAGGUUUACCUUGAUCUGCCCGACACGGGAAGAUUGCGGUCGAGUGAAGACUCAAAUGCUGAAUUUUCCUAAACAAUUUGAACAUUUGCAACUUGAAUUUAAUCCUAAAUUGAACGACGAUGAUUGUGUCAAUGAUGGGGUUAUAUCUGAAGAAAAUAAAUUGCCAGCACAAGACAACAAAGAAACAAUGGCAAAUUUAGAAGCUAAAUUUGCGAAAGAGCUAAUCGCCAAUAGGGAAGAAACUAAAAAGGAAUUUGCAGCAAUUUCACAGAUGUUUUCAGGUAAAAUAAAAGUCACUGAAGAAAAUCUAGCCGAGGUACAAGAAAAGUUGGAAAUUACCCAAAAAGAGUUGGAAGCCACCAAAACAUUAUUGACCUCAACUAGGAUCGAAUUGAGUCAAACGAAAUCCACCGUCGAUGACCUGACGACCAAAUUAAACGCCCGAACGAGUGAAUUAAUUGACAUUGGUCAAAUGCCAACCUCAUGUGACGAUCUGCAGCGGACGGGACAUAAACUGAGCGGAUUCUUUUCGGUCAAAGGAUCAAAGAAGAUGGAAAUGAUUUACUGCAACUUUUUGGCUAAUCAAAAUGACAAGCAAAAAUGGAUCGGAUACGCCGACGUCAAAUCGGCGCCCGUCCAUUUCCACGUCCAGAGAAGUUCUCCAUUUAACAAAACAGAAACUCCGAUUCCGUUCGAUUUUCCGCGGCUGAACGAGGGAAAUGCCAUGGAUUUGACAACGGGGAAAUUCACGGCACCGCGACCGGGAAUUUAUUUUUUCUCUUUCACGGCACUGGCGCGUCUUGAAUCUUCAUCUGGGGCUUGGUAUUUUUCUAAGCUUUAUUUGAACGGAAAUCUAAUCGGAACGAAUUUUGUUCAUGAGAAUAACGGCCCCGUUGAUCAAUUGAGUUCGUUGACCCUCCAUUCGACGCUGAAGUUGAAAAAAGGCGAUCAAGUCUGGAUGCAGAUUGAAUAUUUUGGUUCCUCGUAUUUGCUUGACAACGGUAACCACCACACCCAUUUCACGGGUUUCUUGUUGGAGGAGGAAAUUUUCGACUCCCUUUGAGGUUCAACUUCAUUGGCGACGCACGAAACAUUUUCGACCCAAACAGUUUUGUUGACACGCAAUUUUGAGGAGGAAGGGAAUUUUAAGGGGGGGGGGGGGGGGGUGGGAAGAAAAUUCGUUCGACUCUUAAUUCAAUAAGGAGCGGGCAUUAUUUUUCUAAAAUUUGACUGUGAAUGCAAAUACACUACACAAACCAA